AUGAGCUUGAUUAAAACGUCACCGCCGAAGAAAAAGGCGAUCCGUUCAUAUGCUACCAAAUUGAAAACGCUUAUGCGGCAACGUGCGAAUAUUCUCGGUUCGGCUGCUUUAAUAAAACGAUUCAAUGAACAAUACCAGGAGGGUCAAGUGCAUCAGGUACGGGUGCGGAUAGACUCUCUCGAUCAACUUUGGGCAGAUUUUGCGAGUGUCCAAGAUGAUAUUGAGGAAAUUGAGCAUCGUGCGGACGGUGACGAACAACAGUUGUCGCAUGCAAGUUCGUUCGCAUCACAAUCGUGCCCUUCACCACCUCCGCCGCAAGUUGUCACGCGUUCGUCGGAUCCGGUAACGGCUUUUUCGUAUUCGGUCGUCGUUGCUCCCUCCUCGUCGCCGGUUGGUUCGUUCGCGAAGUGUUUGGCAAAUAAUUUUGAUAAACAAUCUCCUCCUAUGGCUUCAUACAUAUCUCCGAAGAAGGACACUGCUAACGAGAAUGAGGUAUUUCUGUCAACUGUUGUUGUGAAAGUUAAAGACAUUGCUGGUAAUUCUCACUUCAUUCGUGGAAUUUUGGAUAGUUGUUCCCAAGCAAAUUUCAUUUCGGAGGCCCUUGCCAGAAGGCUCGAAUUGAAACGUAAUAAGACAAACAUGGAUGUAAGCGGCAUUGGGCAAGGAGUUGUCCAUAUUCGUUCGAAAGUGCAUAUGAAAAUUUCCUCACGUUUUGGAAAAUUUGAAUACUCUCUGGAAUGUCUCGUUAUUCCACAUAUUACUGUGACUCUUCCAAGCAAGCACAUCGAUAUUUCGCGUUGGAAUAUUCCUGCCAAUAUACCGUUAGCUGAUCCGCGCUUUAACAUAAGUGCUGGUGUCGACCUGCUCAUCGGAGCAGACAUUUUCUAUUCACUGCUUGAAAGCCAUAAAGUACUUUUGUCCGAGGGCUACCCAACCCUGCAGCGCACAGUCUUCGGAUACGUCGUAGCUGGAAAGCUAUUGAAGUCGUCCAAUUCCUCGCCGAUUUGCAUCGUGAGCGCUUCAAAGGUUUUGGAUUCUGCAUUACAGCGUUUCUGGGAGGUGGAAAACUUCGAUAAUGACAAGACUAUGACUCCCUUGGAGCAGGCAUGUGAAUCGCAUUUCAAGGAAACGGUUUCUAGAUCAGAAGACGGUCGUUAUGUGGUUCGUCUUCCGUUGCGCGAAGAGCUCCUACCCUUCCUGGGAGAGUCGUACGCGGUAGCUCAACGUAGAUUUUUAGCAAUCGAGAGAAAAUUCUCUGGGAACAAGGAGUUCAAAAUGGAAUACGUAUCGUUUAUGGAGGAAUAUCGCAAUCUGGGCCAUAUGGAGUUGAGUCCUCGAGCCGAACAUCCCCAGUUUGUCCUGCCACACCAUGCCAUUCAUCGUCCAGAGAGUUCGACCACGAAGACACGAAUAGUAUUUGACGCCACAUGCAAGGGUACCACACAAUUGUCGCUAAAUGAUAUUUUACUCGUCGGGCCGAUUGUGCAGCCAUCGUUGCUCACCAUCGUGUUGAAUUUCAGAUCACCAAAAUUCGUCUUUAUAGCAGACAUCGAAAAAAUGUUUCGCCAAGUGUGGGUUCAUCCAGCGGAUCGCAAACUGCAGCAGGUUCUUUGGAGAUCGGACACAUCACAGCCUGUACACCGGUACCAGCUAACUACGAUCACGUAUGGAACUGCAAGUGCUCCAUAUUUAGCAACUCGUGUGCUCAAUCAACUAGCAGAGGACGAAGGUGCAAAAUUUCCGCUUGGUGCCAGAAUCAUUCGAGAGGGAUUUUACGUAGACGAUGUGCUUACCGGUAGUGAUGACAUUGAUGAAUUGAUAGAAUCAAGCAAACAACUCUCGCAGCCUUUAGAGUUGGCUGGUUUUCGAUUAAGAAAAUGGUGUUCUAACAAACCGCAGAUAAUAGCUCACAUACCCGAUCAGUUGAAGGAAUCUUUACCGUUAACGGAAAUCGACCGUUCUACCACUGUCAAGACACUGGGUCUGCUGUGGUCGCAUGAUUCGGAUCAUUUUGGGUUCAAAAUUCCUCAUCUUCCGAAGUUGAGCACUGUAAGCAAGAGAAUUGUAGUAUCAGAGAUGGCUCAGCUGUUUGAUCCUCUUGGACUGGUGGGAGCUGUCAUAGUGAGUGCCAAGAUAUUCGUACAGCAGCUGUGGGCAAUGAACCUUUCGUGGGAUGAAGAACUGCCGGCUAAACAACGAGAUUGGUGGUUCAAUCUCCGGAAUGAGAUUACUAAAUUGGCAGAGCUACAAAUACCUCGACGGGUCAUAGCAAACACUGAACAUCGAUUUGCCUUGCAUUGUUUCUGUGAUGCGUCACAGCGUGGCUACGGCGCUUGCGUCUAUGUUGUAUCGUCGGACGCUUCUGAAGUCUUACACAGCUAUUUGCUCAUCUCAAAAUCUCGCGUCGCUCCUCUUCGGGGUCUCACAAUACCGAAGCUAGAAUUGUGUGCUGCGCUACUUGGAAGCCAGCUUGUAGCUCAAGUGGAGAUGAAACGAGGAAUUCAGGAUUUCUGGAAGCGGUGGUCCCGUGAUUAUGUCAGUGAAUUGCACCAACGCUCAAAGUGGCAAUACGUCCGUGAUGAAGUCAAGGUGGGAUCAUUAGUCCUAUUGAAGCAAGAAAAUGCGCCACCAUUACAGUGGAAUCUCGGUCGCAUAGUGACAGCUACUCCGGGAGAUGAUGGACAUGUGCGAGUUGUAGAGGUUCGCACUGCUAAAGGAAUCUACAAACGCGCUAUCACUGAAGUUUAUCUCCUUCCUCUGGAUGCUCAGGAAUCAGUUAGUUCCAAGCGAUCAACCACGACUAUUAAGGAUGGAAGUUAUGAAUAG